GACAGGUGAUCACGCGCACGUCUCGCGACCGCAUCGCCAUUCCAAACGAGCGCGAGUAAAAUUACGAGUGCUUUUACUUUCGUUUCAUUGCAUCAUUCGACAAUUUCGUAAUCAAGCGAUUCGCGUUGAUUGUGCGCCGGUUUCGAUCGCGAAUUUAAUUUUGUUCCGCUUUGGUCGCGAUUUUUUCCAGAGUGAUUUGUGUUUUUUUUUUACGAAUAGUGUAUUGUGAACAUGUGCUUGUAAUGGAAUGGAUUUGCUAGAGAAACGCCGGAGUUAUAGAAUAUUGUGAGUGAACCAUGGCCGCGGAGGAGUCUCUCGGGUGCGUCAACAAGGCGUUCGAGGGUGCUGACGAUGGCUUUCACACCAUCGACCUGCGCACCGCUAGGAAUAACGAGGAACCCACUACCAACACAAUGACGGCGGACUCGGCGCCGGCAGCCGAUGCGGAGCCCCCGGGCUCGGCGCGCGAGGAGCGCGGGCUGCGCUGCGGCUGGGGGGUGCUCCGCCCCGCGUGGUUGCAGCGCUUCCGCACCGCCAAGUGGGCGCUCUUCUGGCUGUGCUGGGCCGGCGCUAUCCAGGGUAUGGUGGUGAACGGAUUCGUGAACGUGGUAAUCACAACCAUUGAGAAGCGGUUUGGACUGAGGUCCAUGCAGACAGGAGUAAUUGCGGGCGGAUACGACAUGGCGUCCUUCGCUUGUCUGGCCCCAGUGACGUAUCUCGGUGGGCGCAGCGGUGCCAGCAAGCCGCGCUGGCUGGGCUGGGGGGUCCUCCUCAUGGGGUUAGGGUCCCUACUAUUCGCGCUGCCACACUUCAUGGUGGCCCCCUACAGGAUAGCCGGCGAUGAACCGGAUGACCUGUGCUCUGUUAAUCGGACUAUGUCAGAGACACGGUGUUCAGAAGAGAAUGCGAAUGAGGGCGGCGCGUGGGCUGUCGCGAUCUUCGUGUUCGCGCAGCUGCUACACGGCGCAGGCGCGACACCGCUCUUCACACUCGGAGUCACGUACAUCGACGAGAACGUCUCUAAGAAAAUGUCCUCCGUUUACUUAGGAGUGUACUACACGAUGGCAGUGAUUGGCCCAGCGCUGGGCUUCGUGUUGGGCGGACAAAUGCUUAACAUUUACACUGACUUCGUCACGGUCGACGCGGAAACGGUGGGAAUAACUCCAGUGAGCUCUGUAUGGAUCGGCGCGUGGUGGGUGGGGUUCAUCUUCUCGGCGGUGCUGUGCCUCGUCGUGGCCAUCCCCAUCCUCGCCUUCCCUCACGAGCUGCCUGGCGCAGAAGAGAUACGAGCAUCCAAAAUUUCGGAAGCGCAUGAGGGUGCCGCGAGCAAAUCAGCAGCUUUCAGCGCCCUGAAGGAGCUCCCUCGCGCCGCCGCAGCCCUGUUGAAGAACCCCACCUUUAUGUUCCUCAACCUAGCCGGCGCAAGCGAGGGCAUGCUCAUAUCAGGGUUCGCAGCCUUCUUGCCAAAGCUGAUUGAGAAUCAAUUUGCUGUCAACGCGUCUGAAGCUGCUUUGUUGUUGGGCGUGAUCACAGUUCCGGCCGGCGGUGGUGGCACGUUCCUGGGUGGCUGGCUGGUGAAGCGCUGGCAGCUGGCGUGCGCCGGCAUCAUCAAGCUGUGCGUGGCUGCCACAGUCGUCGCGGCCGCCUUCACCUUCAGCUUCGUCCUCACUUGCGACGACUAUCCCUUUGCUGGUGUCACUGUCCCUUACAGCUCUCCUGGAAUCUCCGGGGGCGACCGCCUCUCGUCAACGUGCAACUCGAACUGCGGGUGCGCAGACGCGUCGUACUCGCCGGUGUGCGGCGCGGACGGCGUGGUGUACUUCUCGCCCUGCCACGCCGGCUGCGACACGCGCACCCUCGCCGGCGCGGCGCAGCUGUUCCACCAGUGCAGCUGCAUCAACAACGUCACGCUGCCCAGCUAUCAGCUGGCUGAAGGAUCAGUGGAGUACGAAGCAAUCAACAGCAUCUGCAGCACGGACUGCCCGUACCUGUGGGUGUUCGUGGGCCUGUCCUUCUGUGUGAUGCUGUUCACAUUCAUCGCCACCAUGCCCGCGUUGUCGGCGACCUUGCGAUGCGUCCGCGAAGACCAGCGCUCCUUCGCACUCGGCAUCCAGUGGAUCAAGGUGCGACUCCUGGGCACGAUCCCGGCGCCGCUGCUGUUUGGGUUCCUCAUCGACCUGUCCUGUUCUCUCUGGGGCAAGUCAUGUGACACGACAGGAGCUUGCUUGCUGUAUGAUAAUAUUAAUAUGAGCAGGUACAUGCUUGCCCUUGCACUCGUGGGCAAGCUAUGCUCAGUCCUGUUCUUCUUCCUAGCGUGGUGGUUCUACCGACCUCCUGGAGGCAAAAACCCAAAUGCCGUGGUGCCCUCCGUAGACCUCGUGGUCUGUAGCGAGAAGACCAAUGGGAAUGGACCCGUGGGUAACGGGACAGGGGCCAAUGGAUACUGCAACGCCGCUUUGGAAGCCAGUGAUCAUUUGUAAGCGGUGGAGGAGUCAUGAAGUCACGAUGCUCCAAAGACAGUGCCUCCAUUCCCUCGCAGCGCGCGUGGCGCCAUAUUUGUCGAGG